AUGCCGGAAACAUACAUCCAAAACCUCACCCACUUCACGACCUUCCUAACCGCCUACACCCACACCCUCCUCGCACUCCGCAACCUCUACCCCCGUGCCACCUUCCUCACAGCUCGCUUCCACAACACCGCCAUCUUCCAAAACCGCCACCCAGCCGUCUGUGCCUGGAUCACCGACGCUAUCGCUGCUGUCCGCACCGAGCUGCUCAAAGGCACAGUCACGAGAAUGGUGGUGGCUAUAUACCAUGCGGCCGACUCACGGCGCGUGAAUGUGAUGGAGCGGUUCGUGAUCGACGUGGCCUCGUUUCUGCAGGUCGGGAAGGCAGAUUGGGAAACGGAUGUGCAGUUUGCGCCAGAGCCCGAGGUUGUGGAUGAUGACGGCAGAGGGAAAGGGAACGAGAAGGCGAAGACGCCGCAGUUAGAUGCAUCUACGGACCCAAAUCUGUCGGAGCAGUUUCGUGCUGCACUCACGCUGUUGCAUACGCGUUGUGCUCAGCUGGCGCCACUGCCACGUGAUUGCAGCUUCAAUAUCGCCAUCGAGUUGAAGGAUGAGGUGGAUCCGCCAGUUGGACAUCCGCAGCCGUGGAUACCUGUGGAGCCUAGGUUACAGAGGAGCUCUAAAGGAUUAAAUUUUCGCGACAGACCGAUUCGUUCGGACAGACCUUCGUGGGACGCCACGCAGGAGGGUGGUGAUGGCGAACUAGAAAAGGAGGGAAAAGAUCUAGGUGGUGUAAAGGUUACGCCUAUUAGGGCCGUCCAAGCAGGCGUGCUGAGGUUUGAAACGUGGAUGGAGGAAAGCAAGGCUAAGUACGAGAUGGCGGCCAGGGAACCAGACACAGUUGACAGUUCGAGGGACUUUUGA